CUUCAGAGUGGCGGGAACGGAAGUAAAAGUAAACAAACUUCGAUGGAUCUUCUGGAUUAGCCAUGCCGCUCAUAAAAGUGAAGCAUGUGAUUUCCUUCACGUGUCAGGACCCCAAGCACACUGUGAAGGACCUGGUGGAGGGGCGAGGGCCAUGGCUCAACCUAGAAAGCGACAGGUCCAUCAAAAUACAAGCAGAUCUACAGCUCGAAAAGUCAACAAAAAUUUUAUACUUAGACAUUGGGAAUGCAGGCAGUGCGAUGAUUGGAGUGGAGGUUGGACGUUCAGCCUGGCCCAUCACCAGACCCUAUGUGACCCUUAUUCCCACAGUGACCUUCAUGACACGUUCAGAAGUGAUGGCCGGACAGAAUAGGAGCUCUGUCCGCAUGUUCAACAAAGAAAAUGUGGAUGAAGCAGCCUGGGAUGAAGAAUGGGACAGGGUGAGAAUUUUGUGCAUGCAGCCUUUCAGAACCCCAAGCCAGUUUGGGAUAUCAAUGAUCAAAAUGUACUCAGAGUCUGAGGUAACUCUGAAACCACAGGUGGACCUCAGUCCUGGGGUAACAUUGAACAAAAAGAGUGAACUCAUGGCCAAGCUGAGUCUCUCUAACCCUAAGAAGUCAGAGCUCUCAGACAGAAUUAAGCUGCUAGAGACAAGUUGGCAUUCCAACAGAAGAACAGAAGUAAGCAAUAACCACACUCCCAACAGUCCCUUGUCUCGUGGUGGCCAGCUGCUGGCUCGUGCUGCUAAGAUACCAACUCAUCAGGAAAGUGUGACAAAGAAGUCUGACCUGGAAUGUGAAAGCCUGGACUACUUGAUCUCCUUAAAGUUGUCUGCCAAUCAAAUUGAUCACUUGAUGAUCUUAGAUGUACGUAAAGACUUUGAAAAGAAAAGAAGUAAACAACUGACUGUUGCUGAGAGGAAAAUCUUCAGAGACAUAGCUGUUGAUUAUGUUACAAGACGGUUGGAGAUCUUGGAGAAUCAGGACACAGCAGGUUACUUGGCAGCACGAGGGGUCAGGACAACAGAAGUACCAGCAAAAGUACUUCAACAAAAAAGAAAACUGGAAGCCCCCAACAUUGAAAGUAACAUAAAUGAACAACCUGACAAUGGUUUCAUGUCAAAAUGUAAGAAUAAAGUGACAGUGCAAGAAAAUGGGUCACUGAAAAGAGAUGAGGAAAAUCAAGAAGUUGAUUCAGUAUUUAAAAAAUAUAAAUUUGGACGAUAUAGAAAUGUAGCAAAGCCCUCAAGUGUCAAAGAUCAGGAGACAGACAAGGAAGAGACUCAAAUUUCAAAGUGUUCAAAGAAUUCAUCAACUCCAGACAAAGAAAAAGAAGGCAGCUUUAGAUCUAGAAAUGCAUUGGCACUAUUAGAUGCACAUGUAACAGAUAUACCACCUAAAAAAGUCAGAAAGAAGAAACCAAGGAAAACAGUCACUAAGCAGGUGGAGCAACAGUCACUCAUUGGACAGUGGAUCACACCGUUGAACAAGUUAAAAGUCAAGAAGGAAAACAAGGAAUUCCAGUAUUCAUCCCAACCUAAUCUUUAUUCUGACAGUGAUGACAGUGAUAUUGACUGUAUUGGUGGAGGAGAAUCAGAUCUGUCCUCUACCCCCAAAGGCAGAAAUUCUGGGAAAGGCUCUAGUAGCUUCUUCCUCCACAAAUCCCCCUCAUCUGCCUCAAGAUCAUACAGGGACACACCGACGGGAAACCGUCUUGGGUCGGCUCCCAGUAACAAGUUUAACACAAUGGCAAGAAAAGUGGAGGAGUCAAGAUCCUCACAUCAGAAGCAGUCACUUGUAGACUGUCCCAUAUGUUCCAAAUCAUUCCCUGCUAAAGAAAUUGAGGCACAUGCAGCGUCGUGUUGUGCGACUGUAUCCUCAGACUCUGAUAGUGGUGAUGAUGCUAACAUUUUGUCCAGCAGCAGCACACAGGCAGAGGCGUCUACAAGUGGAUUGGCGGAAGAGUGUCCUGUGUGUGGGGUGCAGAUGGCAGCGGCAAUACUGGAAGCACAUGCCACACAGUGUGCUUCCAGUAUGUUUGACUGAUAACACACUUCAAGUAUUGUUCUCUUGGUUGUCUGUCUCUGUAUGAUAUCAUCACUGUCAUUACCGCUACAGUAGGGUAUGUGACAAUCUCUCUCUCUCUCUCUCUCUCUCUCUCUCUCUCUCUCUCUCUCUCUCUCUCUCUCUCUCUCUCUCUCUCUCUCUCUCUCUCUCUCUCUCUCUCUCAAGUAAUACCUAUACAGUAUAUGUGAUUAAACAAUUUUAAUAUAAAUUAAUUAUUUACUUCUCAAGAGUUGCAGAGAAAUCAUUGUACACAGAAAUGGAAUCUUGCAUUAUUGUUUUUUUCUGCCUUGCGGUGCAUUUUUCUUUCCAGGUAGGCUACUAGUAACAUAUCCUAAUAAAUGAUGCUAUGAAGACUGAAAACAU